AUGUGCACGCACACUGCCAAUGCAGGUCCGCUGCGCGAAGAGAUUGAACGCGUCGUGGGUGAGGAUGAGUGUAUAAGGGCGGCCCUGGGACGGAUGUGGAGGCUGGAAAGCUUCCUUAAGGAGUCACAACGAAUGAAGGGGAUGAUCCUCAGUGACUCGUGCCUAUUGCCAAUGGCCCCCCUCCGAUUCACCCUACAAGACGUGCUGCUUUCAAACGGGACGCCGCUCUCGGCAGGUACGCUCGUGACUGCCGUGACAAGGUCCACCCAUCUCGACGAUGCGAACUUCCCGGACACUGCGACGUUUGACCCUACGCGCUUCUCGAGCAUGAGCGAAGAGGGCAGCAAGAACAGGCGGUGCUACGUGAGCACGACCCCAACGGACAUCGGAUUCGGCCAUGGAAGGCACACGUGCCCGGGACGCUUCUUCGCAGCGGACGACCUGAAGAUCCUGCUUGCGUGCGUCGUGAUUCGGUAUGUCGUAAAGUUCCGGGGAAGAGGGCAAGAGGCCGCCGGAGAAUGA